CGGUUGACAUAAACGAAGACGUGGAAAAAAGUAGACCUUGUCGUCAGCUCAUCACUCAUCUCAUUUCACUUCACUUCUCUUUCGUUUCCUUCUUCUUCCUACUUUUCUGUUCCUUCAUUUCAUUUCAUUUCAUUCGUAUACUGGUUCUCACCAACUACAAUUGAAUUUGUCACACACACCCAAAAAUGUUGACGCUGCUUCUACCCACUCCUCCUCGCCUCACCUCAAUUCACCGCCGCAACACGUUAUCAUCGCCAUCUUCUACUUCCGCACUUCAAUUUCAUCGUCGAUUCUCUUCUUCUUCUUCUUCUUCUUCUUCUUCAUUUCUCUCUCUUCCCCACACUACUUCAAGAAGAUGCAAUUCUCUUCGCGCUUUCGAUUCUUCCUCCGACUCCAAAAUUAAAGAAGAAGAUAAAGAAGGUGCUAUUGACGGUCAAAAUGUUAGAAUCGCUGAUGAGGAUUAUCCGAGUGGUGAGUUCGAAUUCGAACCUAUUACUGGGUGGAGGAACUUCCUUGUUAAGGUUAAGAUGUUGAUUGCGUUCCCUUGGGAACGUGUUCGUAAAGGAAGUGUCCUCACAAUGAAGCUUCGUGGCCAGAUAUCUGAUCAAGCGAAGAGUAGGUUCUCUCCGGGACUUUCUCUACCCCAAAUUUGCGAGAAUUUUUUGAAAGCAGCCUACGAUCCUCGGAUUUCUGGGGUCUAUCUCCAUAUUGAUAGUUUAAACUGUGGGUGGGGUAAAGUGGAAGAAAUUCGAAGACACAUAUUGAAUUUCAAAAAAUCAGGAAAAUUUGUUGUGGCUUAUGUUCCUACAUGUCAAGAAAAAGAAUAUUACCUUGCGAGUGCAUGUGAAGAGAUAUAUGCCCCUCCAAGUGCUUACUUUUCUUUGUUCGGAUUGAGUGUUCAAGCCUCAUUCCUCAGAGGUGUUUUAGAAAAUAUAGGAAUUGAACCACAAGUGGAAAGGAUAGGCAAGUACAAAAGUGCAGGAGAUCAACUAGCUCGAAGGACCAUGUCUGAUGAAAAUUGUGAGAUGCUGACUGCAUUGCUUGAUAACAUCUAUACAAACUGGCUGGAUAAAGUCUCUUCUGCCAAAGGAAAGGGAAGAGAAGAUAUUGAGAAGUUCAUAAAUGAAGGUGUUUAUCAAGUUGAUAAGCUGAAAGAAGAAGGCCUUAUAUCAAAUAUAAUCUAUGAUGAUGAGGUUACUGCCAUGUUGAAGGAGAGGCUUGGAGUGAAAACAGAUAAAAAUCUGCCUAUGGUAGAUUACAGGAAAUACUCUCGUGUUAGGAAAUGGACAGUUGGAAUAUCAGGUGGCAAAGAACUGAUAGCCAUCAUUCGGGCCUCAGGUAGCAUUAGUCGAGUUAAGAGUCAAUUAAGUAUCUCUAGCUCAGGCAUCAUUGCUGAGGAGUUUAUUGAGAAGAUUCGCACUGUCAGAGAGUCGAAAAGAUUUAAGGCCGCUAUUAUCAGAAUUGACAGUCCUGGAGGUGAUGCUCUUGCUUCUGAUUUGAUGUGGAGAGAAAUUCGUCUUUUAGCUGCUUCAAAACCUGUCAUUGCUUCAAUGUCUGACGUGGCAGCAAGUGGAGGAUACUACAUGGCAAUGGCAGCUCAAGCUAUUGUUGCAGAAAGUCUUACCUUAACGGGUUCAAUCGGAGUGGUCACAGGAAAAUUUAACCUUGGGAAACUAUAUGAGAAGAUUGGAUUUAAUAAAGAAAUCAUAUCAAGGGGAAGAUAUGCUGAGGUCCUUGCUGCUGAACAACGUUCUUUUAGACCAGAUGAAGCAGAGCUAUUUGCCAAAUCUGCACAGAAUGCUUACAAACAAUUCCGAGACAAGGCAGCUUUAUCCAGAUCAAUGACUGUGGAUAAGAUGGAGGAGGUAGCUCAGGGGAGGGUUUGGACUGGAAAAGAUGCAGCAUCACAUGGUUUGGUUGAUGCUAUUGGUGGCCUUUCACGAGCUAUUGCCAUAGCAAAGUUGAAGGCGAAUAUACCUCAAGACAAACAGGUUACUGUUGUGGAGAUAUCCAGACCCAGUCCCUCUCUACCUGAGAUUUUAUUAGGUGCUGGGACUUCCCUAACUGGAGUAGAAAACACGUUGAAGGAAUUGCUACAUGGGUUGACAUUUUCCGAUGGAGUUCAAGCCAGGAUGGAUAGAAUCGUGUUUGGUUCAUCAGAAGGCACCAACCUCAUUUUGUCAAUCAUAAAAGAUUAUCUUAGUUCCCUGUAGUUUUUUUUCUUCAUAAUUCAUUGCAUACAUUUUAUCUUAUUUUGCUUCUAUAGUUUCCUUGUAUUAGGGAUAGCAGACGACGAAAGUCGUCUUGAUAAAAUUCUGUCUGACAAACAUUGUACGUACAUAUUGUAAAUUUGUAAAGUUUAAAGCAUAGUUUUACGGAUCACCUUAGCAUACCUUAAA